AGAUGGAUUUUAUACUUGCCAAGAUCCAAAUCUAAAAGGCAAACAUUUAACACAAGAACCACACACUUAACUGCUACUGAACACUUGUAUUCGGUCUUCUUCUAAAGUCUCUAACUCCCCCCUUUUAUUGCCGAGUCCAUUGCAGCGUUUAGAGACUUACACACCCUCCUCUUUCUCUCCAGGGCAUUCUCUCUCUUGAUUUAUGGCCAAAGGAAGGGGUGUGCUCUCCAUUGAUUCAGAUCUAAUAAGCACUACUAGUGCCUUCUUUCUACACAAACCAACUGUGCUCAAUUCUUUCCCUGAUCAAGAGAACAUCGUGAAUCCCAAGUGGAAACAACUUGCUACUACUGGUAGACAAACCAUGGAUGCCACAUCUGCUAGGUCUCCUCCUACUACUAUCCAAUUCCCUGUCAAACUUAUAAACACCAAUGACGCCCGUGAUGAUGAUGAUGAUGAAGAUGAUGAUGAUGAUGAUUCUUCUUUCCCAUCUGAUAAUAGACGACGGACGGUCAUCGACGAGAUGGACUUUUUUGCUCGCAAGAAACAUGAUGAUGGUUAUCCCAUCACCAACAAUAGCACUGAUGAUUUGAAAGACUCUGGAAGUCCUACUGGAUUGGAGCUAAACGUCAACACAGGUUUGAAUCUUCUUACUACUAAUACUAGCAGUGACCAGUCGAUGGUGGAUGAUGGGAUAUCGUCGAACAUGGAAGAUAAAAGAGCUAAGAGUGAGCUAGCAGUUCUCCAAGCUGAGGUAGAACGAAUGAAAGUGGAGAAUCUACGGUUGAAAGACAUGUUAAAUCAGGUUACUAGCAAUUACAAUGCAUUGCAGAUGCAUUUAGUAACACUUACGCAGGACCAAAAGUCUCAUCACAAGAAUGAAAAACUUGAUGGCAAAAAUAAAAAUAAUGGGAUGGUUCCAAGGCAGUUUAUGGAUCUUGGUCUAGUUGCUGCUGCUGCUGCUGGUGACACCGAUGACCUUUCUCUAUCUACAUCAGAAGGAGGAAGGAGCCGUGAUCGAUCGAGAUCACCUGGAAAUAAUGUAGAGAAUAAUAAUGAAGAUGGGGCACUAGUGUUUGAUCAAGAUAAGAAGGGGUUUGCUAGGGGAGCUGAUCAUAGAGAGGAUAGCCCAGGUCAAGGCUGGGCCUCUAAUAAGGUUGCUAGACUUAACUCGGCGAAAACUAUUGAUCAAACGGAGGCUACAAUAAGGAAGGCCCGUGUGUCUGUUCGAGCUAGAUCUGAGGAUGCCAUGAUAUCGGAUGGAUGUCAAUGGCGGAAGUAUGGACAGAAGCUGGCAAAAGGAAAUCCAUGUCCUCGAGCUUAUUAUCGGUGCACCAUGGCCGCUGGUUGCCCAGUUCGAAAACAGGUACAAAGAUGUGCAGAAGAUCGAACCAUCCUCAUAACUACAUACGAGGGCAAUCACAACCACCCUUUGCCUCCGGCCGCUAUGGCAAUGGCAUCAACCACAUCAUCAGCCGCAAGAAUGUUGUUGUCAGGCUCCAUGUCAAGUGCUGAUGGACUAUUGAACUCAAAUUUCCUUACCAGAACUCUUCUCCCAUGCUCCUCUAAUCUUGCUACUAUAUCAGCUUCAGCCCCAUUCCCUACAGUGACAUUGGACCUAACCCAAAAUCCCAACCCUCUACAGCUCCCAAAGCAACCAACUCAAUUUCAAUUUCCAUUUCCAAACGCACCUCAAGAUCCUGCCAAUGCUUCAGCUACUGCAUUGCUGCCUCAGAUUUUUGGACAAGCACUUUACAAUCAAUCAAAGUUCUCCGGCCUACAAAUGUCUCAACACAUGGAACCUAAUCGAUUGGGCCAACAAUCACAACCUGCAUCCCAGCAAAAUCCAUUGGCUGACAGUUUGGCCGCAGCAACUGCUGCCAUUGCUGCUGAUCCUAACUUCACAGCAGCGCUAGCAGCAGCAAUUACCUCAAUAAUUGGUGGUGCUCACCAAAACAACGUUAAUAGUACUAAUAACGCUCAGACAACAACCAGCAACAGCAACGGCAACAUAACUAUCAGCAACAGCAAUAGCAAUGGGCACAAUAAAACUAGCAAUUCAAGUUUUCCUGGCAAUUAAAAUAAAGUCUUCUUCUUCCUUCUUCUUCUUCUCUUUUCCAUUUAAGUUUCUUCACCGGACAAACACAUUCAAUUUUUUCAUAUUAUCGUGCACAGGCUUUGGUAUUCUUUCUUAUUUGAAUAAUAAUUUGUUUCAAACAUUUUCCAA